GAAAAUACACCGUCAUCGUCAGCUCCUGCGCCGUGCGCGCCGAGCCGAGCAAGGAGGCCAAAGCAGUCGGAGCGCGGAGCCGAGGCAGCGUGGUGGAGCUCUACGAGUUCGACCCCAGCCGCCAGUGGCGCCGUGUCUAUGCGGAUGGGGAGGCGGCGGGGGGCUGGAUGCUACUUGAGCACGAGGA